AUGGAUCGGCAUUCUAAAGUAUUCCCGUGGCUAUGCCACAUGCUCCUCCUUGGCAUAUUACCUAUUAUUAACGGACAGAGUGCUGGAUUGUUUUCCGCCAACAAGAGAAUCUUGGACCUGAUACAAAAACCCAUGAUUGAAACGAUGGAUCCCUGCAAAGAUUUUAAGUACUAUGCCAAAGGUGAGAAGACCAAAUUGACUUCCCGGUUCGAAGCUCACGAAAUGAUGAACCCCAAGUUCAUGGCGUUGUUUGAGCAACUAAAGUACCGAACUCUCGAGCCGGGCAGUCUGGAGGAAAAGGUUCUCCGGCUGUACAAUGCUUGUCAAGUGGCCAUGGAGAGGGAAGAGGUAAUCAACUAUUGGGAGGCGGUACAGCAGAACGUCAGUCUCUCAGUAGAGGGAUUCCAUUGGCUGGUGACCCUGGGCCAACUGCGUCGAUACGGAAUGGGUCUAGUUCUCCAGAUGAGUCCGGAAUUUGACCACCAAAGCGGUAAAUAUAUGUUAAUGCUCGGUGCAUAUCGCUUCAUAACCCGUGAAAGGUAUGCGGUUUGGGGCGAUGUGGACUGGCUAACUCGUCAGCUGGGAGUUAACCGAACCCAAGCAAAGUCCUUGUACAAGGAUAUGACCCUACUGCAGGACGGCCUUCUAGGUCUAAACAGUAUGGAACGAUAUAACAGAAGACGAAUGACUCUUGACGAGUUGAAAACAAAGCACGGCAUUCCAAUGGAAAAGUACUUGGAGAUUGUCUUGGGUCGUCCAUUGACACCGGAUUACGAGGUGUUGGUCGACAAUCUGAACUUUCUCGUGGCUCUCAAUCGAGUAAUGACCUCACAAAGCCCGGUAGCUGUGGCCACCUAUCUGAUGGGGCUGUUUGUCAGAUUCAUGGAGGUUUUGUCUCUGGAGAUAAACAACCCUAGGGACUACGAGUUUGUCUGCGUCAAUAUGGUUAGGAAUGCGAUGAGGUCUGCCAGCUAUCUGCUUUAUGAGGAGCACGUCCUGGGAGCAGCGAAGGUUCAGGAGUUUGAAACGGAAGUCCAGCGUGUAUUCAAAGCGAUAAAAGCCCAGUUUGAUCAAAGACUUGAAGCCAAUCGCUUAAAUCUAUCUAUUCCUCACAUAUUAUCACUCCAGGAAAUCCUCAAUUCCAUCACAGUAAAUGUGGGAAGUAUGCCCAUAAAAGAUGGGGGUAGACGUCAAUAUUUAACACGGUUGUAUGCUGAUUUUCAAAACGACGAUGACUUGGCCACAAUUCGUCUGAAGGCUCUGGAAAAGCAGUCCCGACUUGGGCUGGAAAAGGAGCACAAUCUGAAAUUCGUAGAUUCGUAUACGGAUAUUGCAGGGCGGGAUCCUCCAGAGGCAGUUCCCAUACAUCCCAUACUCACUGGCAAUGCCACUGCCAUAAUUGUUCCUCUUUCUAUUUUGGCUGAACCAUUUUUCACCAUCCGUGGGCACGAUAUUUUCAAGAUGAGCCUGCUGGGCUAUCUUCUGGCUAAUGAGGUCCUAACGGCUCUAUUUCCAUAUCCCAAGCUACCUCAUUCUGGGUGCCAGAAAUACAACGAAUUGUUGGGAUUACUAGACAACCGACAACUGUAUCGUGACAGAUCUCCCUGCAUCAGUCCAAAUGAAUGCGAGAUGUCCAACUGGAGGGAGAUUAGCUUAGUGCUGCUGAAUAUAGUCUACGAUGCCUACUUCUCCGCUGGCUCGACAUUUAACCAGACGCAGCUGGAGGACUUAACCAAUAAGUCGUUAAAGCAGCUAUUUUUUAUAGAUUUUGUACAAAACACAGAUUGGACAUAUUUUAUGGAUUCCUAUGAUACAGAUAAACGCUCAGACAUCUUAGAGCCCUUCGCUGAGGCCUUCAAUUGCCCAAAAAUAUUGUAA